AUGGCCGAAACCAUGGCUCAACACCCUCCAGCGAUGAAAGUAGGCGGUCGUCGUCUGUCGAUAAGCAGGCCCCGGCCGCACCCCCCGCCCGAGCCUAAAGUUCCUACUCCGCCCGCCGAAGAAGCUACAGAUUACCCGCGCCCUACCGCCCCUGGUGAACAGCCUGUUCACCACGAGCACCAUGAGGAAGACGUGCCCAAGAGGGAGCGAAAGAAGGGCAAUGGCGGAGACGAGCACGAGCGACGGCUCAACGAGAGUCUGUAUAGGAAGGCAGAACAGAACAGGCCGAGCAAGGACUACGCCAACCGAAGCGCGGCUGGAGGCAAUGGGAGGAUCAUCAGCCAGCCAGCUCCGAAGCUCAUGAUCUGA